UUAUGUGUGCAGAUAUACAAACCAAUUAAUUAACGCUCAAAACAUUUUAGUCAGUGUUUAAUUGACAACGCACUAGGAUGCACCUUAAUUUUUUUCUUUUGUUCAUAACGGUUUUCCUUUACGUUUUGCUCGCUGAAGCAGUUGCAGGCGAUACCAAAAAGUUCGAUGAUGCAUUAAUCGUUGAUUUACCUAAUGGCAGAAUACGCGGUCGAGAUAAUAACUAUUUUUACAGUUAUGAAUCGAUUCCGUAUGCAGAGCCACCACUUGGCCCAUUACGAUUCGAGCCCCCAAGCCCAUACACUGAGAAGUGGUCGGAUACGUUUGAUGCAACACGCGAGCCCAUCGAGUGCAUGCAAUGGGAUCAGUAUAAGGCUGGCGUAAAUAAACUUCAUGGCGUCGAGGAUUGUCUCACUGUAAAUGUUUAUAAGCCAAAAUUGCGUCCCAAUGCUUCAAUUACACAAGAUUCAUUUCCAAUCUUGGUGUUUAUUCACGGCGGCAGCUUUAUGAUGGGUUCAGCGCGCGCCAAUGGCCAUGAACAUUUUAUGCGUAGUGGACGAGUAAUGGUUGUUAAAAUGAAUUAUCGUCUAGGACCAUUAGGUUUUCUUAGUACCGAGGACACAGUUAUUCCGGGUAAUUUCGGAUUGAAAGAUCAACGUUUGGCGCUGCAGUGGAUCAAGGCGAAUAUUGCACGUUUUGGCGGUGAUCCAGAUCGUAUCAUGGUGAUGGGUUUCUCCUCAGGCGGCGCUGCUGUGCAUUUGCAUAUUUUGUCACAACGAAAUUUUACCGAAUAUGCGCGCGCGGCGGCUUCGAUUAGUGGUGUAGCCUUUAAUCCGUGGGCAAUUAGGCACAAGACGAAGGCACGCGCGUUGGAAUUAGCCAAGGGUCUUAAUUGUCCAAAUGUAAGUAGUUCACAGUCGAUUAAAGAAUGUUUGCAACGUAAACCGGCCUCCGCUAUUGUGCGUAGUGUCCGAAAUUUUCUGGUUUUCGGCUAUAAUCCUUUUUCCACAUUCGGCCCAAGCAUCGAAGAUGCAGCAGUUAAGGAUGCAUUCUUAACGCGCUCACCUCAAGCGAUAGCAAAAUCGGGUGAUUUUGCGCAGUUACCUUGGUUGGUGUCUUAUACGGCACAGGAUGGUGGUUAUAAUGCUGCGGAGCUGCUACAACGCAUACCCCGCAGAGAGGAGUUAAUCGAAGCUUUCAACGAUCGUUGGUAUGAUUUAGCGCCAUAUAACUUGUUCUACAAGGAUACUAUGCAGAAUGUAGAGCAGAUGGAUGAUUACUCGGUAGAAUUGAAACGCCGCUACUUAGGCGAUCAAGAAUUCUCAAUUGACACUUAUUUGAAUGUGCAGCGUAUGUAUACGGAUGUGUUAUUUAGAAAUGGAGUAGAGCAAGCAAUUCGUUUGCAUCGCAAACAUGGGCGUAGCCCCGUUUAUGCAUAUGUUUAUGAUAAUCCGGGGGAGGAGGGUAUAGGAACAGCAUUAUCAGGUCGAAGAGAUGUAAAAAUGGGUACUGUUCAUGGAGAUGACUUCUUUUUGAUUUUCAAUAAUACGGUGAGAUCUAAAAUUCGGCCUGACGAGCAAAUAAUUUCACACAAGUUCGUUAGAAUGUUGGAAAAAUUCGCAUCAAAGAGUGACGAGUUAACCUUUGGGGAUUGCCUAUUCGUUGAUAAUGUUGGAAAAAAUGAAUACCAACUUAUGUUUAUUACCAAAGAUUCCUGCCAAAAUAAGCAAGUUACAACACUGCCGUCGUUUUAAAA